GUUAUACAUACAUCUUGACUUGUCUAUGAUCAAUUGAUUAUGUAAUUAUAUUAAACUCUAUAAGGGAUCCUUUAACAAAUGUUAAUCCAUUUUUUGGUGAUAAUGGUGAUCUUGACAUUUGUGCACGACUAGUACCUUUUUCCACCCAAUUGCGACCUACCAAAAAAAAAGUCCAUCAAACAGUAAGGAAGACAAGACAGUAGUAGUUAAACAUUAGCUUUAACGAAUAUCAACAAUGAGUGCUGGUAAUCCAUGGGCCAAGAGAGAUGCUUGGAGAUAUGAAGGACAAUUCAGUAGAUACAACCGAUUUAAAGGAGCCUUUCCUGGUUUUGGUAUAGCUGUUGGAGCAUUCACUGCAUAUUUAAUCUAUGAAAAGGUAUUCCUUACUAAAGAUCAUCAUGAACAUCAUUAGAGAUAACAUGAAUCCAUUGCAUUUGCUCAUAAUAGCACCACAUCUGUCAUCUAGACUAUUUAUCAUUUAAGUUCUUACACUUUGGUUUUCAAUGGGGUCGAAUUCUUUGAAUUAAUUCUUUUUUUUAUAUAUAAUUUUUAUAUUAUAUUUUGUAUUUUAUUUAUGUGUAUCUACAUCAAUAUAAACCAAGUUCAUGCACUA